AUGAUACCUGCAAUGUAUGCCGAAUCUCCAAGUUCGGCGAAUGACCGCGAUAGUGUAUCCACACUAUCGGCAUACAUUGCUGAUUUAUUAUUGCGUUAAAUAAAAGCACUCACAAACUACGCAAUGUUCUUACAUUCGUGUCGCCAUUUCAGUCCGACUGGCGAUAGUGUGUAUGUCUGAGAAUGUCGUUGAAAUACAGCGAUCUUAAGUCAUACCUACGCGAUGAUUAUAUAGGGAAGGUGUCCAUCUAUAUGAAAAAACCUUGCUUUUUCAGAAUGCUCAAAAGACAAUCAGCUGCAGCAGCAAACAAUAACAUGUGGCGCCAUCUUCAGAUCUGUUUGCUUUCUGCGUGCUUUUUGUAACUAAUUAAUAAAACAAAACGAUUACAAUUUAUAGGUUAUGUUGUAUAGAGUAGGUUAUGUCAAUAAAUAGUUAACAUUUGUACAGAUCGAGUGUUGUUUGCACUAAGUGAUUGAUUUGUAAAACACUAACGUACACACUGAACAUGUUUUAUCAAAAGUUUUAUCUAGUAUGCAAAUUAAACAUAUUUUGUAUCAUCAUUUAAUUUCAGUUGGUAGUGUGGAUACAAGAUAUUGCAGAGUUGAUUCCAAUAAGAUUUCACGACGAUGGAAGAUAAUUCCGUUCCAAACAAAAGUGUUCGAGUUUAUAUAUUCACAGAAAAUACAAGCGAUAAAACCCAAAAAUCGUAAUUGGCUGCAAAAAUUCUGUCUGAGAUGUCACCAAAGGGAUCCACCGCCAUCUUGGGAACCAAACUGGUGGUCCAAAGUUUUUCCUUUCCCAUACUUUUCCACCUUUCGGCAGGCAUCCCAACAAUUAUGUAUUGUUAGCUUCUUUCUAUUGACAUGGGGAAUCUUAUAUUGCGAACUGGGAGAGUCCAUUGGUCUGCAAGGAGAACUCCUCAGCAUGACUCUGCUGGUCGUAGCCGCGUACUUAGUGGGUUGGUUGUGGCUAAAGGUAACCACUCUACCGGCCCUGAUUGGGAUGCUAGUCACUGGAAUCCUCUUCCAAAACUUGAAGUUGGUACAUAUGACAAACGAAUAUAGGAAGUUGAAUCAGGACUUGAGAAAAGUUGCGUUGGUGAUAAUAUUGACGAGAGCUGGUCUCGGCCUGAACGCAGACAUCCUGAGGAAACACUAUGCCGCAGUGUUACAGCUGGGCCUUCUGCCAUGGCUUGCGGAGUGCGUAGCUAUCAGCAUCUCCACGCAUUACUUGCUUAACUUGCCUUGGAUUUGGGGCUUCCUAUUAGGCUCCAUGAUAGCUUCAGUAUCCCCUGCGGUGGUGGUACCCUGCCUCUUCAGACUCAGAGACGUCGGCUAUGGAGUAGCUAAGGGCAUUCCGACUUUGCUAUUAGCGGCAGCAGCAAUAGACGAUUCCAUCAGUGUAGCUGUGUUCUCCAUAAUUUUAAGUGCUAUAUUUUCAACUGGAUCCGUGACUUUUAACGUUAUUAAGGGUCCACUAUCCAUAGUUGUCGGCAUUGCUUUAGGGGCAGCAUGGGGAGCAAUAUUGUCGAUAAUUCCAGAGAAAGGCGACAAGUACUUAGUACCUUUAAGAUUUCUAGCCCUAUUUUUAGGAGGACUCUUUGCACUUUUCAUUUCUAAUAUGGUGGGGUGGAGUGGUGCAGGGCCGCUAGCUAUAGUAUCGGCGGGUUUUGUAGCAGCAUAUUAUUGGGAAAAGCAGGGAUGGGUGGUAAACAAAAAUCCUGUGAGCGAAAUAUUUAGGAUUCUGUGGAUAUUCUUUGAGCCAAUACUAUUUGCAUUUACCGGUGCUCAAGUAACGAUCAGUGCCUUAGACCCAGAAAUUAUAAAAAUGGGUGCGAUUUGCCUCAUCGCGUGCCUUGUGUUAAGAAUGAUCGCAACGCUUAUAUUCAGUUUCGGAUGCGGUCUCAAUAAGAAGGAGAAGUUGUUCAUAGGCAUCACCUGGCUUGCUAAAGCUACUGUGCAGGCAGCACUUGGUCCAGCAGCUGUAGACACAAUCGAAAGUGGCCAAUCCUCAGGUCUUCCCGUAGAUGAUGAGAUUUACAAUGCGAAAGCUAUUCUGGCCAUGAGUGUUCUAAGCGUAAUAAUAUCAGCUCCUUUAGGGGCGCUCCUCAUUGCCAUCACCGGCCCCAGGCUACUCAGCAAAGAUGACGCCACUACUGCUAACAAAGGAGCCGUUCCUAGCAAUUAUGGUACCUUCGCAACCAGACCUGCAACUGAAGCUUAAUAACCAUACAUAAUGGCGUAUUUGAUAUACUUCUGUAGGUA